GAGCCUGGGUCUCAUUGGGAUAAAUUGCCUGUUUGACCCGGCCCGUUAUUAGGCCUGCUCUCGAAGAGCUUUAUGAACAAAAGAGACCACGAGAGCCGAUCGUGGAGCGGCAAGAGUCGUUAGUCCAUCCGCUUCACGAAACCUAACUCCCUCGCCAGAAUCCGGAUUUGAUGGAGGGAAUUGGAAGUGAGGGCGGAGCAGCGGCGGCGCCACUGGCCCAAUGGCGGAGCGAUUUUGCGAGAGCAUUCCAAUACUAUUUGGAUCGGUCAACGCCUCACACUGUGAAUAGAUGGCUUGGAACCCUAGUUUUGGCUGUGAUUUACAUUCUGCGUGUGUACUAUGUUCAGGGGUUCUAUGUUGUCUCCUAUGGCCUGGGGAUCUACGUCUUGAAUCUCUUGAUUGGUUUCUUCUCGCCAAAGGUUGACCCGGAGCUUGAGUCCGUGGAUGGGCCUUCAUUGCCAACAAGUGGUUCUGAUGAGUUUAAGCCUUUUGUUCGCCGCCUUCCCGAGUUUAAGUUUUGGUAUUCCAUCACAAAGGCAUUUGUUGUUGCAUUCAUCAUGACCUUUAUUUCUCUGCUGGAUGUACCUGUUUUCUGGCCAAUACUGCUAUGCUACUGGAUUGUUCUGUUUGUCCUCACAAUGAAACGACAGAUCCUACACAUGAUCAAAUACAAAUAUGUUCCAUUUGAUAUCGGAAAGAGGCGAUACACUGGAAAAAAGUAGUCUGAAUGGGAGUGGCUUCUCUACAAAAAUCAAAUGCUGCUGCUUUGUAGAACCUUGAGUGGAAGCAAGACGAUAAAUUUGGGCUCUUAAGUAUGUUUUGAAGGUAAUGCUCGUUCAGUAUAUUUGAACAUGUGCUAUACUCUCUAGUUUAGAAGUGGAUGCCCUAAUAGUUAAUCAGAGUUCAAGUUGCACUCGUUUUUCUUUAAACAUUGCCUAGCAGAUUAAAAUAUACAUUGUUGAAGACACAGCUAACAGCAGUCUAUGGUAUAUUGUUCAGUGUAUUUGUUCCAAGUAAAGCAUGAGAAGAUGUUCCAUGUUCAGAUGGGUGUGUUUACGUUCUUUUCAUACUAAAAUAUUGUUCACAUGCCUUUCGUUGUUCAUUUUAAAAGAUAUACAUAAAGACCGAGCUGAGAAUGUGUAAGCUUGUUUUAUUUCUUUUUGUCUAAACAAAGAUAAUGCAUGCCUUUGUACUA